AUUAUUAAUUAAUUAAUAAAAAACGCUUUGAAAAACGGAAAGAGAAAUUAGAGAGAGAGAGAGAGAGAGAGAGAGAGAGCAAAGCAAAGUGUAGAAUAGAAGAAACAGAGACGCUGUUGUUGUUUGUGAGAGAAAUAAAGAGAGAGAGAAACCCCAGAAAUCCGAACCAGUUUCUCACUAUAGUUCCUUCAUUCACACGCUUUUGUUCGAAACCUUUCAUUCUCUGUUUUGAGGGUUCAAAACUUUUCCAGAUUGCACUCUUUUUUACCCUCGUUUGUUCCGUACAAUGGAACGGUACGGCCGAGCAAACGAAGGUUCCAACUCUGAUCCCACGCUCGAAUGGACUCUCGCCGGUGUAGAUACAUCUCAUCAAGGUUAUGGAUUGGUUAGUGGUGAAUCGUAUCCUCAAAGACCAGAUGAAGCUGAUUGUAUCUAUUAUUUGAGGACAGGUUUUUGCGGUUAUGGUUCGAGGUGUCGGUUUAACCAUCCACGUGACCGUGGCGCGGUUAUUGGAGCUGCGAGGAUUGCAGGGGAAUAUCCAGAAAGAGUUGGACAGCCGGUGUGCCAGUAUUAUAUAAGGACCGGAGCGUGCAAAUUUGGUGCAUCUUGCAAGUAUCACCAUCCUAGACAGGCAGCUGGCACUACUGCCCCUGUGUCACUAAAUUAUUAUGGAUAUCCAUUGCGAGCGGGUGAGAAAGAGUGUUCCUAUUAUGCAAAAACCGGACAGUGCAAGUUUGGUGCAACUUGUAAAUUCCAUCAUCCCCAGCCUGCAGGUGUCCAAAUGAUACCACCAUCACCAGUUCCCCAAGUUUCACCUCUGCCUAUGCCGGUACCUUCACCAAUGUAUCAAACUGUACAGCCUCCAUCCGGUCCUUCACAACAACAGUAUGGUGUACUUGUUGCGAGGCCACCUUUGCUGCAUGGCUCAUUUGUCCAGGGUCCCUAUGGGCCUAUGGUAGUGUCCCCCACCAUGGUCCCCUUUUCAGGCUGGAGUCCUUAUCAGGCUCCAGCACAAAGUCCUUUACUUCCUUCUAGUACUCCGUUGAGUGUUGGUCCAACACAAAUUUAUGGCAUGACCCAGGUACCUUCACCAACUACUGCCUAUACCGGACAUUUUCAAUCUUCUGGUUCCUCAACUGGUCCUUCAGGCAGUAGUCAGAAGGAAAGCUCAUUACCUGAAAGACCUGAUCAGCAGGAGUGUCAUCAUUACAUGAAAACAGGGGAGUGUAAAUUUGGUUCUUCGUGUAGAUAUCAUCAUCCGCAGGACAUGGGUGCACCAAAAGUGAACUUUAGUCCCAUUGGUCUUCCUUUGCGCCCGGGGGCCCAACCUUGCACUCAUUAUACGCAGCGUGGAAUUUGUAAGUUUGGAUCUGCAUGCAAAUUUGAUCAUCCUAUGGGAUCCCUGAGUUACAGUCCAUCUGCUUCUUCCCUAGCUGAUAUGCCAGUUGCACCCUAUCCUGUGGGUUCCUCCAUUGGUACUCUUGCUCCAUCGUCGUCAUCAUCCGAGUUGAGGCCUGAACUUGCCUCAGGAUCCAGCAAGGAGUCCGCUUCAUCCAGAAUGUCUUCAUCAAUGAGCACAUCGACUGCAUCAGUUGGCUUGACUUUGUCAACUGUUGCACCGGUUUCUCAAUCAAGUACUCAGCCAUCUGCUCAGAGUGCCAGUUCUUUAGCAACUCCCAGUGCCACCACAAGUAGCACUGUCUCUCACACCUCAAGCUAAGCAAUGUGAAUGUGUUCCUCAUUAUCACUCCAUUUUAUCUCAAUUUUUCAAUCCACCGUCUUUACUCAUGGAGCGUCUCAAAUAGGUUUUAUUUUUAAGUUAUCCCAGUUCAGGUCCAACACUCAUUGCACCAAUCAAUUAUAUCUGUGUUCAUAUAAUCUUUUUGUGGCCAUUUCUUUGAUCUUGAAUAAACCAUGGCCAACUUUGAGAAUUUUAGCAAACCAUACAUACCUUGCUCUUUGAAUAACUUAAAGAGAAUCUGCAAGUCCAUUAUGCACAUGCCCAUCCACAUGUCUAUUUUUUGUGCUUAUUUAUGCUUCACUCUUUUUUUUUUGGUAUGAGAAAUUUUUUCAUGUUCAGAACCCUUUUUUGCAUUUGGGAACAAUACUCUAAUUCUGCUCAGAAGACCUUGAUUGCUAUUGUUCCCAACAUAUCUAAAGGUUUACCGCGAAGCGAAGUUAUCAGGAGAGACUACAAUGAGGUUUCACAUUGCUAUCUUUUAUUAUUUUUGAUACAACAUGUUGUUGUGACAAGUAAAAUGCUUGACUUGGUACUUUAAAUUUAUUACAGAAUACAUAUAUAUGAAGAAACACAUUUAAAUUAACACAUUUGAAUGUGUAAUAACUUUUCUCUCCAUU